AUGUGGAGGUUGCCCGUGACGUCAGGAAAUGCAGCGACUAUAAAUGGGCCAGUGCCCCUAAGCCACCGCCAUUGUCCUUCCUUUCGAGCCAUCGGGAAGGUGAGGCCCACAUGGCUGAGGCUGGCUGGGAGAGCUCUUAGGAAAGCCUGGGCACAAACGGAGGAUCCCACGGCAGCCGACCCGAACAGCCCGAAGCAGAAGCAGCCAACGCGGCAGUGCUGCCGCUGCUGCUGCCACCACCACCCUCUCAACAACACAGCACCCCCAUCCCCGCUACAAUUUCACCACCUAUUCCCCAGGGUUCUGAGGCAUGUUCACAAGGGCCUGAGCCCCUCGCAGAUGACCGUGAGCGUCAUGGAUUCGUUUGUCAAGGACAUUUUCGAGCACAUCGCCGAUGAGGCCUCUUGCCUGGCCCGCUCCACCAACCGCUCCACCAUCACCUCCAGGGAGAUCCAGACAGCCGUGCGCGUGCUGCUGCCCGGGGAGAUUGGCAAGCAUGCCGUGUCCGAGGCCACCAAGGCCAUCAUCAGGUACAUCUUCCGCCAGUUAGCUGCCUCCAGACCGCCUGACCACCCCGCAAACCAAAGGCUCUUUUCAGAGCCACCUCACUUGGCACAAAAAGACCUGUAA